AUUUCCACGGUACCCUCUUUCGAAGAUCACCAUCCGCCGUUCCCUCUCCUCGACAAACGCCAAGCAUACCCGACUGGAGAGUCCAGCCAGCAGCGAGCUCGAGGGCAGCCAUGGCCUGGGGAGGAAAAUCCGCCCGUGUCGAGGUGAAGGCCUCCGUCUUUAGACAGCUACUACCGCUAUUCAUCCUGUUCGCCGUCUUAGGCGGCGUCGCCUUCGUCGUCUACCAGAUCUACCUCAGCGUGACCAAGAUCCGCGACAACGCGGAGCGAAGCAUGGCCAAGAAGAACAUGAUGUGGACCAAGGACGGUCUCAAGGUUGGCGUACAGCACGUUGAGCAGGAGAAAUACAUCGACGCGACGCAGAAUUGGGUCGUCAAGGCCUGGAAUAUGGGGAACCCCCCGCCCGUCAAGAGAAAAUAAUGAUCAAGAUCGGUAUACACGACGCUUUCAACGAGAUUUCGGGGUUCUAGGGACGUCUUGAGUCGUCGUAUCCUACGCUAACCCGCACGCCGCGAUCGAGCUAUCGGCCAGACAACGCGGUGGGAUUUAAUACGCUCGCUUCCCACGCACGGCGUAUUGGACAUGCGAAGGGAGGACGGUUUGUGACGCAAAGCAUAGAGCGCAAAAAAAAAAAAAAAAC